ACACAUUGCAUUAGAUUUAGAAAUAGUUUCUCUUUCUGCGUUCUCUCUCUUAAGUUUGUCCAAGAUCUUUCACAUGAUGUUGUAGGGCGAUCCACAUAAUCAGCCUGAGAUGGCCCCUAGCUUUAAAUAUUGGGAUGAUUGUGUGGAUCCAGAAGACAUGGAAGCAAUGUGGAGGGAUCGUGAUGUAAGUAAUGAAUGGGAAGCUGUUGGAGAAACUCGGGGAAAGAAAGUCCACCUUUCACGUGAUCCUGAUGGACAAUCUUAUCUAACGCAGACUGAAAUGAGGGCUGUGGCAGAGAUAACUGUUCAUAGGUACUUCAAAUCAGAGUUAGAUACGGAAAUGAUUUGUGCAAUUGCUGAAAUUGAAAGCAACAGGCAACCCCUUGCACAAAGGUAUGAUCCAAAAUCACGAGAAGCUAGUGUGGGAAUUAUGCAAAUGCUGCAACCAACUGCUGAAUGGUUGUUUAGGGAACUUGGGUAUAGGGCAUUUGAAAUGGAAGGAAAACCAAAUCUGCUUUUCAGGCCUUUCAUAAGUGUGUAUCUUGGUGCUGCCUAUUUGAAGUGGUUAUCAAAUUUUGAUGGCACAAGCAGAAAUGAAGAAUUUGUUGUUAGGGCCUACUAUGGUGGACCAAAAAAGGCAACUCAUAAGUCCACUACAGGGUAUUGGAAACACUAUCUUUCUGUAAAACAAAGCCUUCCAUCAAGGAGUGAAGUAAAUCUAGCCAAGAAGUAUUCUAUGGCCUCUGAUGAUCUUGAUCAUGUUAACCGUGCUUCUUCAACAACAGCCGGGUGGACUUAUUGGGACUCAAAAGCUUCUGCAGAUGAUAUGGAGGAGUUAUGGAAGAAUCCUGAGGUCCUCAAAGAGUGGACAAAAUCUGGAGAGCGAAAAGGAAGAGUACGUUUUUCACAGGAUCCAGAAAAGAGACCCUACCUUUCCCGAGUCGAAGUAAAGGCUGUUGCAGACAUUAUUGUUUCCAGGCAUUUCGCUUCCAAGGGUAUAAGACCAGCCCUUUUAUCUGCUCUUGCUGAAAUGAGUAGUAUGCGUUUUCUUGAUGGGAUUGGACCUGGCAGCGGGAUCAUGGGAAUACCUUACCAAACAGCUCUCUGGCUUAAUAAGGAUAUUGGUUUCAAGGCUUACAAGGUUAAGGCCAUGGAAGAUCUUUCAAACCCUUUCUUGUCCAUGUACUUUGGUACAGCUUAUGUGAGCUGGCUGUCUCAAUAUGAAGGAAGGGAAAGGACCGAUGAAUUUGUUGUGCAAGCUUAUCUUAGGGGGCCAGAUAAUGUCAAUAUUCAAGAGACUGGUCCACUAUGGGUUAAAUUUCAGCGGAUUGUGCCUUCCUAUGAAGAUUUAAAGAAGAUGAAUGAAGGGAAUUGCACCAUUUUGUAAACUCUUUUAGCUUUCUAUGCUCCUAAGUGCUGUUUAACUCAAAUCUUUUUCCUACUAUGUUGAAAGAUUUUGUGGGUUUGUGUAUUAUCAUUAUGAAUAGAAAUACUUUAUAUCAAUUGGCCAUUACAUUCAAUUGUUUGA